AAUUGCCACCCUCCUCUGUCUUUGCACAUCCCCUGCCGCCAAACAAGCCUCUCUCUCCCUCCGGUUCCUGACCCAAGCCCUCCGAUAUCUUCGAGUUUCCGACGGACCGGUAAAUUAAUUAAGGAAGCUUCAAUGGCUGAAGAAGAUAAACAAGUGGCUUAUGAUGAUGAUAAAGAUGACGGCUUUGAAGAUGAAACUAAUAUAUCCGACAGCCAGAAUAAGGAGAAGAAGAAAAAGAUGAAAUUGUUGAAGGAAGCAGCCGAUGCUGAUAAUCGUGGGGUUUGUUAUUUAAGCAGAGUUCCUCCGCAUAUGGAUCAUGUCAAACUACGCCAACUGCUUUCUCAGUAUGGGGAAAUACUUAGGAUUUAUCUCACUCCUUCCGGUCAUCAACCCCAAGUAAAGGGCAAACUCCCUAGACCCUCCAAGGCUCAAGAACAAGAAUUUUCUGAAGGGUGGGUUGAAUUUGCUAGGAAAGGGAUUGCAAAGAGGGUUGCGAAUAUGCUAAACGGUGAACAAAUUGGUGGGAGGAAGAGGUCGUCUUUUUAUUAUGAUCUUUGGAAUAUCAAAUACUUGAGUAAAUUCAAGUGGGACGAUCUUACUGAAGAAAUUGCUUACAAGAUCGCAAUUCGGGAGCAGAAGCUAGCCUUAGAACUCUCUGCUGCCAAGAGGGAACGUGAUUUCUAUCUCUCAAAAGUUGACCAGUCCCGUGCCUUAAGUGCUAUUAAAGAGCGAAUGAAGAAGAAGCAAAAGGUGCAAGAGGAGUCUGGAAUGAAUUCUGAGAUGCCUGUUACCCACAAGAAGGCAAUUCGUCAAUUCCGGCAGAAAAAGCCAGUUGCAGUUGAUUCAUCUCAUGGCAAACCGCGUCUCUCCAAAGAUGUUCUUGCUGCGAUAUUUGCUGGUUCUUAGUAAUCAAGGGCUCAAAGUGCUAGGUUGGCACAUAACGUGUGAAGAGUUGCAUUCUGGUUUCAAGGAUUUAAUUGCAACCGUCUAGGUACUUCUCUGUUUAUUGUUCAAUUAUUGUAAUGUUCUCCUCUGGAGGCAUUAGAAAGAGAAAAUUUCCAUGGAACAUCAAUGUAGAACAACAAUUUCCUCGUAUAUUUUUGGUACGGUUUAUCUGAAUAUGAAACAAUUUUGGACGAGGA